GAGUGUGGCCUGUCACACUCUCCCUGGGCAUCUUCAGAGCCUUACAAGCCUCGAGCCUCUCCAGCCUCUCACUGACAUCGACCUGCUGAUCCAUGGCAAUCCGCAAAAUGCAUCUCCUGGCAGCUCUGUGCUGCUUUGUAAUCCUCACCACCUUCGUUUGUGACACACAAUCUGCCAGCUGUUGUGUGAGCUACAGCAGGCGCCCGGUGCACUGCAGACGCCUGAUAGGCUACACCAUCCAGCACAUCAACGUCUGUGACCUCCCAGCCAUCAUUUUCCACCUGCCAGGAAGGUUCGUGUGUGCCAACCCCCGUGAGGAAUGGACCCAGCGAGCAAUGAAAUGUGUCGAUGAACCCAGGGGAAAGCGGAAGUCCACUAAAUAUACUGAUGCUUCAACACCUCAGAUUCACGCUUAAACCUUUAAAAAUACUAUAACACAAACUGUUCUAUGAUUUGUGUUGUUGUGUUUGGAGAUAUUUAUUCUGUUUUAUAAACAGGGAAGUGUAAUAUUGUUAAUACAUGUGUGGUAAACUGAUGUUGCAGUGAAUACCAGAAGGAUGAGAACAAGUUUUUAUUUACCAACUGCAGAGGUCAUGAAACAUAAUCUGUUGUAACUUAAUCUGAAGAAUUUAUUAAAACAUGUUAUUUAACUAUGAAA